UUUGUUUACUAUCACCUUCAUGGUGGUGGAAAGAUGCACCAAAUACCUAGAUUGAACCACGCAGACUUGAAUAUCCCUUUGUAUGAAAUCCCUAAUUAGAAAUCAGCCUUCUUUACUGUUUUGAAAAUUAUUUCCAUAGGGCAGUUGUUAAUCUGUGGGCCUAAUAUAUACAAAGGGCUUUUUAGAAAAAGGUAUAGAAGCCUUUUUUUUCACGAUAAAUCCUGAGCACAUAAGAAAUUUUUACUUUUGUUUUCUUAAUUUUUUUUUUCUUCUUUUUUUUUGUUUCAUGAUAGUUCAGGCCUCUGAACUUAUUGCACGGAUUUCAUUAACGCUGUAAGGUGUAACCAAGUUUUUAUUCCUAAAUUAAAAUAGAAGUGAAUUGACUAAUAGUACUUGCUUUCGUCUCUUCGCAAAAACAUAAUUCUAGCAAGAACGAUAGAACUGGAAACUGGUUGAACUAAAGCUUUUUGCUGUUCCAUAGAAGUUGAGAGAUAUCUUUCGAGUUAAAUAAACAAAAACAAAAGAGAAAGACUUUGAUUCAUUUAAUAAUAUCUCGUGAAUCGUUACUCACCUUUUAAUAUCGUUUUUGUUUAUUUACAUAGCUUAGACGAACCACCGAUAAGUCUCUCCAAACGAAUAGCGCCUUCCAAAGGAAUUUGUUACUGGAUCUUUUUUUUUUAAAAAAAAAGGAAAAAAAAGCAAUUCAUAUUAAUUUGAACUGCUUGGAAGAGCUGUUAACUCUUGAUAAGCGAGAUUAUGAAAGACGAUACGGAUCGGCCCAUAAAUACAUACGGAAUGGAUCCAGCGGACUUUCAGAAAUAUCUGUUUAAAAGGGAAGAAUCUUAUUUAAAUACUGAAAAAGAAGAUGCUUAUUUCAAACGGCCUCCUUCCUCUUCAUCAUCCUCGGGACGAAGUACUCCAAAGCCGCUUGAAAAAGAUAUCCCAGUUUCAAAUGGGUACGUUAUGACUCGGAUAUUACGGGGCGUGUCUCUCUAUGUAGCUUUGAUUUCGAUUGCACUUAUGUGUUUGAUCACGCAUUCGUUUAUCAGUCGUCCCCAAGACAACAGCUGCCAAACUGCUACGGUAUGGCCUUCCUAUGCAAGGUUUUUAGAUUUUGAUAACCGCUAUACUCGUUUUGCAGACAGGUAUACUCUUUAUCUUUACCGUGAAAAGAGUGUAUAUGGAAGCGACAAACCGACUGGUGUACCUGUUCUUUUCGUUCCGGGAAAUGCAGGAAGUUAUAAACAGGUUCGUGCUUUCGCCGCUCAAGCAGCACAUGUUUAUGCUGAGGUGCUCGCUGAAGAUCCUGAAGGAACCCUUGAUUCUGGAAAACGGGAACUUGAUUUUUUUGCUGUUGAUUUUAACGAAGACUUCUCAGCAUUCCAUGGACAAACACUUCUAAAUCAAGCAGAAUACGUGAAUGAUGCUAUAAAUUAUAUCCUUUCCUUAUACCAGACAACAAGAAAAACGUCCGACAAUCCGAAAGACGAAUCCUUACCCCUUCCUACUUCUGUGAUAAUUCUUGGACAUUCCAUGGGAGGGAUCGUUGGUCAAGCUGUAUUCUCUCUCAAGAACUAUGUAGAAGGCUCGAUAAACACUUUAGUUACUCUAGCCGCACCUCAUGCUAUGGCCCCUCUUCCCUUCGAUCGACAAAUAGUUGAGUUUUAUGAGGCCAUUAAAUCAUACUGGCUAAACUCAUUUUUACUUCCUACUGAAGAAAAUUCAUUACGUGACACUCUUUUGGUUUCGAUUGCUGGAGGAGGUUUGGAUACAAAUAUUGUUCCUGAGUAUUCAGCAGUUACCGCAUUUGCUCCUCCAUCAAAUGCCCUCAGUGUCUUUACGUCUGGUAUUCCAUACGUUUGGGCUGAAAUUGAUCAUCAGGCUAUGGCUUGGUGUGAAAAUUUCAGACGGGUCUUAAUUCGUGGUCUAUUCGCAAUUGUUGAUGCUAGACAACCAACGGGUACAGUAUCACUUUCUGAAAGAAAGAGAUUGCUAUCACAUACUUAUAUUCAAGGUUCUUCUUUGGAAAAUGAUUUGACUCAAAUAUCUGGUUCCCCUGGUUCUUACCAGAAUCUUGAAUGCGCAAAUACUGUCGUACACGAUACUAAGCCGGGUACAGCAUUUAUGUUAGAUGACUUUGGAAGAAGCAAAACAAAGCAACAUGUUUAUCCUAUCCCUACUUUUCCUGAUACAUUUGAAUACUUUGAGCUUCUAACCAGUUAUCCGAUAGAUACCGCCGAUUCUAAAGUAAAGGUCCUUGCUUGCCACCUUGAUCCCAAAACUGUUACAUCGUUACCAGAAUUAAACAGAUCGGAGUCUGGAGAGCCCUUACCUGUUAUUUGUGAAUUGUUAAGAGAUGCAAUUACCUUAAUACCCGCUUCGACGACUGACACUGAUACCCCUUACAGCGGUAAGGUGUUUUAUAACUAUAAAUUGUCUGCGCAACGACUUCAAGAUUAUCACCUAAUUUUAAUCAAUGAUGACCUGAAUGAGCCAAAUGAUCACUUUUUGGUUGCUGACUUUGCUAAUAAAUCUUCGGAUCCUAUAUUGAUCAAUAAGUCACAAAGUCAGCUCUUCAGACACGGUGUCAACUUUUCUUUCAAUACGUCUAAUUCUUUAUCUAAGAAGUUUCAAUUUUUGGGAAUGCAAAACUCACUGUUAGCUUACAAAAUUAAGCUUAGCUACGAACUUCAUGACGGUAUAGAGGUACAGACGACCUUCACGCCCAUGUUGAAGCAAAGCUUAGAAUCCCCGUUUGAAACUAAAUUCUAUGUAAAUUUAACAGAAGCUGAAAUUUCAUUGCAUGGAAUUUCUCCGUUUAUGGAGUAUUUUGGAAAGGAAUCUGAAAAAUCACUUGUUAUGGAAUUCAUUACAAAUCCUCUCGUCUAUAAAAAAAUUCAUGUAUCUCUACUUCCCGACUUCUAUGCUAGUGCAGGACGUUUAUUGAUGCGUUAUCGCACUUUGCUGGGUUCAUUUCCUAUCGUGGUUGUCGCUUUUGCUGCGUACUGCCAAUUUCGCUAUUUCCAUUACGGCUCAACAUUUUUAAAUAUGAAUACAGCCCUUGAAAUUUUUGUUCGUAGAGGUCUGAUGAAAUUGCUCGUUUUCGUUUCCGUCCUUUCUUUAAUCACUUCAUAUUCAACGAGUCGUAUAUCUACAGCAUUACCCGACGAUGCGGAUCCGGAUACUUCGUGGCGCGUUUCUGCGGCGAUGGUGCUUAACUCAUUCUGGAAGCAAAACCACUUGUUGUUUGGGUUGCAAUCACCUCAGUUCUGGAUUUUAGCUCCAAUAUUAACUUUCAUGUUCGUUGGACUAGUCGUUGCCUGCGUAUUCAUCUUUUCAAUUAUUAUUCAUUUCCUUUCCUACGUCUACGGCUUUUGUUUUAGACUUCGAAAUUCUUCCAUGAAAGGAUUAAUGCAGUCUUUUCUAUUGUGCAUCAAGACAAUGUAUGUCUGUUUAAAGAAGAGAGACAUAUCUUUGUUAACGAACGCUGAUUUCCGUAAGUAUGAUACUUCGGAAGCCCUUUUGAAUGUUAUAUAUGCUAAUCCAUCUUUGGCGUAUACUUAUGGAAGAAGAGACUUUCAAACACGGAUCAUUUCAAACAUCAUUUUACUAUCCAUAGUAAUGACCGUAGUACCUUUCCAGAUAGCAUAUGUCAUUUUGCUCGCCAUGCAGUCUAUGACUACUGCUAAAAGCUUGUUUUUGGCUAGGGGGUGUUCAAGAUCGAGUCACCAUCAACAAAAACUAUGGAGUUUCUUCAAUUUUUCGUUGACGGUUACUUUUCUUAUGUUGCUGCUCGCACCAAUAGAUUUUCCUGUGCUUUUAGUAUGGGCACGUAACAUAUCCACGCAUUGGUAUAUUCCAUUUCCUACACAUCACAACUUCUUCUCUAUUAUACCUUUUAUGAUAAUGACAGAAAUUCUCCGAAAAGGUAAACUACUUCCUCGCUUAACUGAUGCAGAGUUUUACUCGAAUAAUCUUCUUCUGUUCCUUUUAGCAUUUUAUUCCCUAAUAUAUGGUGCUGAGAAGCCAUACUUAAUCCAUAACGUGGUAGGAGCAUAUUUCUUUUGGUUGAUUUUCUUAUACGCCAAAAAUUACUUUGUUAAACAACCAAAAAGAUCCUAAGUACUUGUUGAAUUUUCCAAGCGUGUAUUAUAAGGGAUUCUAAUAUUAAUGCUUCACUUACUCUUUACUUCUUCAUCCAGCUAUUAUUAUUAUUAUUAUUAUUAUCAUUUUAAUAUCAUUCGAAUAGAAUUGGUUUUUUUUUUCUUUA